AUGGAUUUAUACAACAACAAUUAUGGAUGCUCUGAAUUACCUUCUGGUUCAUACUGGGAGUACUCAGACAUACUCAAACAACUUGAAGAGACUUACUGUGCUUGUCAGAGUAUAGAGCAAAUAGUUCCUUGCAUUAGUAAGUUCUGCACCUGCCAAAACUGGUGAUUCUGCGCAUCACCGGUUGUCCAAAAGCUAGAUAGAGUGAGGUACGUAUUUCUUGGUGAAAACUGGGAACAAAUAAAUAUGGGCUGCUUUCCUCGCUUUUGAAUAAACUUAUCCUUAACUUUUAGAUAUUCACAACAAGAAGUGGUUGAAGAUUCAUCUAAGAGUACAAAAAUAGACAAGAAAUCUCAAACUUCUAGAAAGAAUAUGAGAAGUCAAUUUGAAAGAUUUGUUAUUGAAAAGACUGAAAAUAUUGGUGAUAGCACAAAAAGAAUUAAGAAGAGAAGAUCACGCUCCUCAAGACUUCCAAUCAAAUCUCUGCUCACAAAAAUCCGCAUGGAGAUCCUCUGCAAUAAGAUCCCCGCUUUCUACAGUUCACCGAAAAAGACUAGAGGGACUACUGAUGUUACACUUGGAAGAAGAUCUCGAUACAUUGGAGUAUCUAAGAAUAACAGCCACUGGCAAGCUUUGAUAAGCAUCAGGAAGACCAAGAAGUAUAUAGGAACUUAUAUCUCCGAACAAGAGGCUGCAAGGAUCUAUGAUCUGUACGCUAUAGCUAUUUAUGGAGUGAAUGCCAGAAUUAACUUUGAUUACACCCUUCAGGAGAUGGUCAGCAUGAUCGAUGCUUACCUACAAGACCCCGAGAGCUCCGAAAUAUAA